GUUAGCUAUUAGCAAUAACAAUUUGUAGCAAAUUUUGGUUUUCUAGGUUUUUAAACGUCGGGCGUCAGCUGAAACGAACUUUUUUUCGGUGCAAAUGUAUGGAAUUUCGUUUUCGGUGUAUGCGAAACGUAGCUUAAACAACAUACAUUCUAAAAUGCCAGAAGAUAUCUUGGGACAGAUAUACAUUUUGAAGAGAAGUGAACAUUUCGAUGCCUACAUGAAAGAACUGGGUGUUGGUUUGACCCUACGCAAGAUGGGCAACACUGUAAUUCCCCAAUGUGUAUUGGAGAAAAAUGAUGAUGACAUCUAUACAUUUAACCUGAGAACUCCUUAUCACAGUUAUUGCAUAAAUUUUGAGCUGGGUAAAGAAUUUACAGAAGUGACUUUGGAUAAUCGUGUGGUAAAGACUAUUUGUCAUUUAGACAACAACGUUUUCAUACAAGAUCAGUCAGCUGAUGGUUUGAAAUCAACAAAAAUUGUGCGAGAAUUUUUAGAGGAUGAACUGAUAACGACUCUGUCUGUGGGUGAUGUUAAGGCGGUUAGAGUUUAUGGUGUUUUAGAAGAAACUGGGUAAAAUCUAAAUUUAUGUUAGACAUAAUAAUAUGUCAUUAUCAUUAAACAAUGCAAUAACUAUUUUUACAUGUUUUCAUUUGAGAAAUUUUAUUGAUUCGAAUCAAAAUAUAGAAAAAUCUUAUUUAAUGAAUAUU